CACAACAAGACGGCGACGACCGAGAGCAGCAGGACGAAGAACAUUUGCAGCGCAUAGAGCCACCUAUGUUUGACGCCCUCCAUGCUUCCCGCAGCACGUCCAAAGAACCAGCCCCACAGCAAAGAUCCAUAAGAGGUGUUCGAUCGCAAUGAGGACCCAGGUGUAACGCUGCCAGCCGACUGCGACUAGGCCCAUGUACGAGAAGGAGACCGCCGAGGGCAAGAGGAACACAAGCCACGUCUGUCGAAGUCGUGCCCACAUCCUACACAAGUGCAUCCCCUCCACGAUAAGUAGCAUCCACAUAAUAGCUGCCACGACCAUCACAGAAUUCCGCACGUAGUCCACCGCUAUGCCGACUAGCGCACUCUCACUUUCGCAGCUUUUCCAGUAUGCAACUAGAAUGCCGACCCACGGCAGUGCCAUCAUAAUGGAAAAGAAGGCCUGGAAGAAGACCGCUGUGAUAGCACGGCGCAGAUAUUGAGAGAAGGGCUCUGGCAAAAAGCGAGAGCCAGCCACGACCUCCCUCACGUAAACGGUGUCUCCGUCAUUUGUCACAGUGGGUUCGUAAACCAAGUGCGAGGUGAAUUCCUUCAAAGGCCGCCGGGUACCCUGCACAUCGGUGCAGCCAAGCAGAGGACUCAUAAGGUUUGUACUGUUACCAGAUUAGUGCUGUGUGCCCUUGGCCCCUUCAUUUGGCUCACCGGCAGCCUUCUCGAACUCCGUCUUCAUGACCAAAAUAGCCAUCUCCUCAGCCCUCAGUGGCGGCCCCUCUUCAGUGAUGUCCGGAAGAGUGGUCGAAUGUGAGCACGUGGGGUGAGUCAGAUGCGGCUUCGCCUGUUCCGCGCCUUGAUGGUUGAAGUCGUCGCUCUUGCUGAGAUGCGGAACUGCGGCCUGCUCGUCCUCUGUCCUGAGCUCUCCUGGCUGAACCCUCUGGCUGCAUGGCGGGGGGGUGCAAAUGUCUGGGUUGCUGAAGUGAAUGAAGAUCUCUGUGUCCCUUCUGAGAGCAGAUCCAUAGCUCCCCUCAGCUCUGUCGGAUGGUUGUGGCUGCACAUGGUCUUCUUGAUCAUCGCCGGGGCUGAUCGCAUCGCCGUACGGCCUGUUGAUCAUGUGUUCAAGCGGGUCGUGGUGAAAUGGUGAAGCAAAGAGGCACUUUGGUGGAAGAACG